AUGGACGGGGACAAGUCAAAGUCAGGAAGACCAGUUAUAAAGUUUCUGAAACAGAACAGGCAAGAGAGGAUAAAAGCAGGCCACAGGGCAAUGACAGUAGAAAGAGAAGAAAGGUCACUGUUCACUAAUGCCCUGUCACCAUCAGCUUCUUUGAACUGUCAUCUCAUACCUGACACCAACGUGCGCUCACCAGGGCUGGAAGAAAAGCCCAAGGAAGGAGUCAAGAUUGAGAACAAUGAUCAUACUAAUUUGAAGAUGGCAGGGAUGGAUGGUUCUUUGGUGCACUUUAAGAUUAAGAGGCAUACAGCACUUAGCAAACUGAUGAAGCCUAUUGUGAAUGACAGGUUGGAAAUGAAAGACGAAGAUGCAACUGAUGUGUUCCAGCAGCAGAUAGGAGGUGUGUACUAA